AUGGAUGCAUCAAAUGAACCUUUAGAAACAAUCUCUAAGGUUGAAAUACUGGAAGUCUCUAGUCUGAAUUCUGAGAGUCAAGAAGGUGUGAAUCAAACCACCGAUACAGUCAAUGUACAAGAGCAAGAUCAUUCAGAAACAUUAAAUGCCACAACUGAAAUUGCAGUGCCCGAUGCAACUGCCGAAAUAACAGAAGUCUCUGCUACUACCACAGAACCUAUUGUUACCAAGGAACCCGUUAUUGAUAAUACCGAAGUGACAGAUUCAACUGUUCUCGCAGAAACGACACAAAAUGACAUAACUACAUCGGAUAAUCAACAAGAGGAACAUAAUAUCAAUACAAAUGAAACAACUUCAAACACCACAUCCAGUGAGAUCCAUGAAGAUUUAAAACCUCCACUCCAUGGCGAGAAUAUUGUGAUAAUCAACAAUACUGAUCAAGAAGAAAAUACUGUAGGUGAAGCAACAGUACAAAAUUUCCUUAGCACUGAAAGCAAUGUUGAAGAAGUUCAAAAAUUGUCUGAUGAUGAGAUCAAUGUGGAUGAUGUUUCCUCGGAUGAUGAGUCAAGUUCAGAUGAAAGUAGUAGCAGUGAUGAUGAUGAUGACAGUUCAUCUGAUGAUGAUGACGACGACGAUAUGAAGGAACUUGGGGAUCUUGAUGACGAAGAAGAAGAAUCUAAUGAUGGCCCAGUUAAAUCAACACAUGAAAUCUUGAAUGAAAAGGCACCAACAUUACCAGAAGAUUAUAAAAUACCAGAGAAUGCUCCUAUUGAAGAAAUUGGGGAAAUUACAGGUAUGGUCGAAAAUACCUUAAUUAUCAAGGCAAAAACAUCAGGAGAAUUUAGAGUUCUACAAGAGAAAUCAAUUUUUUGUUUUGAAGAUAGAACAGUAAUUGGGCCAUUGUUUGAAAUUUUUGGAAGAGUUCAACAGCCAGUUUACAGUGUUAAAUUUAACUCUGAAGACGAGUUUAAUAAAUUCAAAGGUUGCAAGGGCAAGAGUGUUUACUAUGUUGUUCCAGACUCACAGUUUUUAUAUACCGAUUCAAUCAAACAUAUCAAAGGAACUGAUGCAAGUAAUUGUCAUGAUGAGGAAUUACCUGAAGAAGAACAAGAAUAUUCUGAUGAUGAAAAAGAACUGGCUGCAAAACAAGCAAAGAAAAAGAAGAAAAAUAGCAACAAGAACAAGAGAGCAAUAGAACUGAAUCCGGUACCCCAAACAAAGAGACAAAACGUAGCUCCAUAUACCCCAUUGUCUUCUACUUCUAACAGAACUGGGUUGCAAAAUAGAGGCAGACUGAUUAAUCCACAGAAUACGAACGUAUACAAUACUUACCAACAACAACAACAACAACAACAACAGCAACAAUCAGCAGCAGCAGCUCUACCACCAGCACCACCACAAUCAUCUUUCCAACAACAUCAACAGACACAAUCUCAAUAUGGUCAGCCAUACUACCCACAGAGUGAUCAGUACGGUAACACACCUAAUCAGUAUCAAAAUUUCCCACCUCAACAACAACCAUAUUAUCAAAACCAGGGAAACCAAGGAUACAACAAUCCAUAUCAGCAAAGCUACCCACAACAAAGUUACCCACAGCAAAGCUACCCACAGCAAAAUUACACACAACAAAAUCAAUACUUCCAACCCCCACAACAACAACCAUACAAUAUGCAGAAUACACAAGUCGAUCCUGCUCAAUUGGCACAACUUCAAAAUAUGCUCUUACAACAUUUACAGAAUAGUCAAAACCUAAAUUAUCCUCCUCAACCACCUCAUUAA